GAGUACAGUUGGGUCACCAAAAAUCCCUCAUCUUACAGAACCUUUCUCCUCUCACACACAGCGGGGUCAUGGUGGGUACGUCCAUCUCCCAGUAUCUUCUGGAAAAGUCCCGUGUUGUGUUUCAGGCCCGUGGCGAGAGGAGCUACCAUGUAUUUUAUGAGUUGCUGGCAGGGCUGUCCAUGGAGCAGAAAGAGCAGAUGUACCUGCAGGAGGCAGAGACUUACUUCUACCUGAAUCAGGGCAGAGCAUGCAACCUAUUGGGGAAGCAGGACGAUCAGGACUUUACAGCCUUGGUGCAAGCACUGCAGGGGAUUGGCCUCUCGGAUGAUGAGCUGACCUCUAUCUGGGCAAUGCUGGCUGCUGUUCUGCAGCUUGGGAACAUCUGUUUUACCUCCUGUGAGAAAGGAUCCUUUGAACUUGCAGCCAUCCCCAGUGACACAGAAAUCCAGAUUGUGGCCAACUUGUUGCAUGUCUCAGCAGAUCUCCUGCGAAGUGCCAUCACUCAUCGGGUCACUGUGACAUCCUAUGACCGGAUAUUCACCCCUUUGUCUGUAGAAGGUGCCAUCGAUGCCAGGUAA